CCUCCAAUGAUCUCACCAACAACGUUAAUGCAUACGCCGGAUUUAUAUUCAAAGUUCUAAACUCUAAUUGCUUCAUUCUCUCUAAUUUUCUUGAUCGGUUUAUACUUGAACGCCGGUACGGCGGUAUCAACGGCCGUUACACGGCAAAUUUUCACCGGGAAAUGUUUUGAUCGCCGCGGAGUAGGAAGUUUUUUUUUGUUUGUUUUUUAAAUUGAAAUUGGUUAAGUUAAUGAGUUCGAUUUGAGAAUAAGAGGCGAAAAAUUGGAUUUCUUUUAUUGAUUAUUGAAUUUCUUUGGGGGGGGGUUGUUUUUGGAAGUUAUCGGAAUUUGAAGAUUCUGUUAGGUUAGUUUUUUGUUUGCAACAUUAAAAAGAAAAAGAAGUUGUUGUUGUCGGUGCAAAUCAACCUGCAUUGAUGGAAUUUGGAAGGAGAGAAGCGGUGUUGUAUUGAGGGGGUAUAUGAGGAGAGUGGAGAUUGAGGUUUUUGCUGGAAAUGUGCAGUGUUGAAGGGAUAGGGAAAAAGGGAGGUAUGAGAAUCGGGGUAAUAAAAGGGGGCGGAGGCGGAGCAAGCGGAGGAGAGAGAGUGGAGAAGUUGAAAAAGAGUUCGAGAAUGAAGGUUUGGAUCAUACGCGCCACCACAUCGGUGUUGCUGUGGACUUGCAUCGUACAGUUAACGACCUUGGGAGAGACAUGGGGACCUCGCGUCCUUAAGGGUUGCCCUUCCUGUUUCUCUCACCAGGAUUCUUCCGUUUCCGCCAUUGAAGACAAAGUUCCCUCGGUUCCCGCCCGUGUAAUUCCUCCCAAAAGAGUGUAUAAGAACAAUGGUUAUUUGAUGGUUUCAUGUAAUGGAGGUCUCAAUCAAAUGCGAGCGGCAAUUUGUGACAUGGUUACCAUUGCAAGAUAUUUGAAUGUCACGCUUAUAGUCCCGGAGCUGGAUAAAACAUCCUUCUGGGCCGAUCCCAGUGAAUUUCAAGAUAUAUUUGAUGUGAAUCAUUUCAUUACAUCACUGAGAGAUGAGGUUCGAAUAUUGAAGGAGUUGCCUCCUAGGCUUAAGAGGAGAGUGGAAAUGGGGUUUGUGUAUUCAAUGCCACCAAUUAGCUGGUCAGAUAUAUCCUACUAUCAUAAUCAGAUUCUUCCUCUGAUACAGAAGUAUAAAGUUAUACAUUUGAAUAGAACUGACGCUCGACUUGCCAACAACGGGCAGUCUUUAGAUGUUCAGAAGCUGCGAUGUCGUGUAAAUUUUAAUGCUUUAAGAUUCACUCCUCAGAUAGAAGAGUUGGGUAAACGAGUUAUUAAGCUUCUGAGGCAAAAUGGUCCUUUCAUAGUACUUCACCUUAGAUAUGAAAUGGACAUGUUAGCAUUUUCUGGCUGUACGCAAGGUUGCAACAAUGACGAGGUGGAGGAGUUAACAAGAAUGAGAUACGCUUAUCCAUGGUGGAAAGAAAAAAUAAUAAAUUCUGACUUGAAAAGGAAAGAUGGUUUGUGCCCCUUGACGCCUGAGGAAACUGCCCUUAUUUUGAGGGCACUGGACAUUGAUAAAAAUUACCAAAUCUAUAUCGCAGCUGGUGAAAUAUAUGGUGGAGAUAAGAGAAUGGCCAGUCUUGCUGCUGCUUAUCCAAAAUUGGUUAGAAAGGAGACUCUAUUGGGGCCAUCUGACCUUGGGUUUUUCCAAAAUCAUUCAUCCCAGAUGGCAGCAUUAGAUUAUCUUGUUUCAUUGGAGAGUGAUAUUUUUAUUCCUACUUAUGAUGGGAACAUGGCUAAAGUUGUUCAAGGCCAUCGCAGGUAUCUGGGGUUCAAGCAGACAAUUUUGUUGGACAGAAGGCUAUUAGUCGAUUUAAUAGACCAGUACAAUAAUGGAUCUCUAAGUUGGAUCCAGUUCUCAGACGCUGUGAAGGAAACUCAUGAAAGGCGCAGGGGGCAACCGAGUAAAAGGUUGGUGAUUCCUGACAGGCCAAAAGAAGAGGAUUACUUCUAUGCCAACCCAGAAGAAUGCUUGCAACAACCGGAUGGUCAACUAAGUAGCACGUGAUCGUUGUCACCAGGAUUUGUUAUGUACGUAUGUUGAAGGGUGUUUUGUUUUUCUAGUGGUAGGCAUCAUCAUACCUGAAACACAAAAGGUAAAUGACACGAAUGAAGAGGGUUUUACAUUGAAGGAGGCGAAUCGGGGACAGGCAGUAGAGCUCAAAGAAACCCCGAGAGGACAGAUUUUUAGCAUGUGAAAAAAAUCCGAAGGGUGUAUAGAAGAAGAGCUGUGGAAUGCCAUUAAUAGGAUAAUAUAUCAGAUGAAAAGGUAUUUGCGAAGUAUAGAUUUGGAUUCAUGGAAGGUUAGUCUCUCACCCUCCAUUUUUCUUUAAUUCCCCCCCCCCCCUUCUUUUUAUUUUAUUUCUUGUUAGCUUUAUAUAUAUAUAUAUCACAUUCUAGAAUUUAUCAUUGUCAUACAUACACUACAUGGACGAUUGUAUUUCUUUGUAGUAUGGUCCCUCCCCAUCAAAUGCAAGGAAUGAUUGAAAGCAUUGAAUAUAGAAUUUACUGCACUUUUGGAUAAAA